UCAAUUUUGUUCACCGGCGUACGUGUUCAUGUAAAAAAAUGCAAUUUAACCUGGACCAUUUAGAUGUCCUCGUAGUAUCUUGUUUGGGCAUAGCUCUACGUGGUAUCGUUUCACUGAGUUCAUAUUCAGGCCUCUCAACCCCACCUAUGUUUGGCGAUUAUGAGGCACAAAGGCAUUGGCAAGAAAUCACCUACAAUCUACCGACUAAAGAAUGGUAUACAAAUACAACAAGUAAUGACCUCAUGUACUGGGGCCUGGACUAUCCACCAUUGACGGCAUAUCAUAGUUACUUGUUAGGACGAAUUGCCUAUAGUAUUAAUAGCAGUUAUGUGGAAUUACACAAAUCUCGUGGAUAUGAAUCAGAGGAGCAUAAAAGUUUCAUGCGUCUCUCUGUGCUGGUGGCAGACUUACUCGUAUACAUUCCUGCUUGCAUAAUGUUGGCCAAGAACUUGCCAAACAAAAAACUUUUCUUGGCAGUGUUAACACUACUCAUCUGUUACCCUGGACUGAUACUGAUAGAUAAUGGCCACUUCCAAUAUAAUAAUAUAUCUUUGGGUUUUAUGAUGAUGGCCAUAGCAGCAAUUCUACAAGAUUCUUACGUUUGGUCUGCUUUAUUAUUUUCUCUGGCUUUGAAUUAUAAACAAAUGGAACUAUAUCAUGCUUUACCUUUCUUCGUCAUAUUGUUGAGAGUGUCCUUAUCUGAAAGAAACUAUGUUCGCAAAGUAACGAAGCUAUUACAAAUUGGCCUGGUAACAAUAGCCACAUUUGGUAUUCUUUGGUUACCUUGGAUAUUCUCCAAACAGUCCUUCAUGGCAACAUUAAAUAGAUUGUUCCCAUUCAAUCGAGGUGUAUUUGAGGACAAAGUAGCAAAUGUUUGGUGUUCUCUCAAUGUUGUAUAUAAAUUUAAAGAAAACUUCACAAACUCCCAAAUGGCUUUGCUAUGUUUGUCUGCUACCCUCUGUGUUGUAUUGCCACUCAAUAUACACGCAUUUCUUAAAGGCCAGAAGAAAACGUUUAUGCUCGCGUUGUUUAAUACAGCCUUGGCAUUUUUCCUAUUUUCUUUUCAAGUUCAUGAAAAAUCCAUACUGUUGGCAGCUAUUCCAGCUAUAAACCUUUUUCAAUAUAUGCCUUUCAACACCGUUGCCUUUUUAAAAAUUUCAUUCCUUAGCAUGCUUCCUCUAUUCAUGAAGGACUGCCUAUGUGUUCCCUACUUUUGCUUAAUGUUUGGGUUCUCUUGUAGCCUAAGAUAUUUCAUCCAGGUGGUCUAUAGUGAGAAUUUAAAAAUACAAAAGUUAUUACGUUUAUUAAUGCUAGGAAUGGAUGCUACAAUUUUCUUGAUAUCUUUGGUAUCCAUUUUCGUCCCUAGUCCCGCCAGAUUUCCCCAUCUCUGGCCACUUUUUAUUUCGGUUUUCUGUUGUGGAUGUUUUCUGAUACUACUGUUUAUAUCUAUUGCACAUCAAUUGAAUAUUGAGAAAUAUUUAUACAGAAUAUUUUAUAAGUUUGUACCUGAUGUAAUAAUGAAAUAAAACAAAUCCAAAUGUAGAAAAUUUUCUGUAUUGUCCUUAUGCUCAUUGAAAUAAAAAGAAAUUAUGGUUAGAUAUAA